AACAACAUCCCAGUGUGUCUUUGUUCGUCUGUCCGCGCGGCACCAUCUUCAGCUUUUCCGCAGUUUUUCCCUCGUCUUCCAGGUUGCAUCGUGUGAAAAAAUAAUAAAUUUGAAGUGAAACGUAGGUGGGACAAUUUUUGCAAUCAACAACCAGUGGUUACAAGCCAUGAAGAGUGGAGAAGCUGUGCCAAAUCGAAUGUGUUUCAAAUUGCUAACCUGGAAGCGCUCGUGAGGGAAUUGUCGUCCAAGUGUUGGAACCGCUGUUGCUAUCGCCUUAUCAGUGUUGUUCCUCAAGCCAAGGAGAACAAUAUUCAUUGUUCGGUUCAAUCGCUUCAUUAUCAACCUUAAUCACGUAUCGGAGAUCUGUGGCCGUACCUCGCUAAUUGAGUCAGCAAGUGAAAUGAGUGCAAUACGAUACAAACUUCUCUACGUUGAAAAAAAACAGGCAAAAGGUUUAUAAAUAAAACAAGUUGGUAGAAUCGUUGCCACCCGCGCCCCCAACGACGCAAUCCCGCCUUGGCCUUGCCUUGCCGCCUCUUCUGUCCACCAACAUAAGCGAAAACAAAAAGUUGACAUUGCAUUCGUGCUCUGCUCAGCUGUGUGCUCCAUUUAGUACGCAAAAUUCGCUUGUGGCAAGAGUUUGCACGUCGAGGCAUAAUGGUGGGACAGCGGAGGUUUCAGCUCGGCGAUGUGGCCAUCCUCAAUCGGGACCAUGUGAAGAUCCGUGACCCCGGUAAGGUGGAGCACAUGCUGAACGAACUGGUGGCCGGUGGAAUUGGGAAGCUGCAGGUAGUGACCGAUUUCGAUUACACAAUCACCAAGCAGAGGCUCGAAAACGGGGAGAAAAUCCUGACCAGCUUCGGAAUGUUCAACGAGUGCAAAUCGCUGCCCGAGUACGUGCUGGAGGAAACCAAGAGGCUGUUCCAUAAGUACCGACCGAUCGAAAUCGAUCCCCACAUGCCGCUGGACGAGAAGGUGGUCUACAUGAUCGAGUGGUGGUCCAAGACGGGGGAUCUGUUGAAAGGCUUUCCACUGCCCCAGGAGGAAAUCGCCGAAGUGGCCAAACGAUUCAAGGACGGACUCCGCGACGGCACCCACCAGAUGUUCUUCGACCUGAACCAACUGGAGGUGCCGUGUUUGGUGUUUUCGGCCGGUUUGGGCGACUCGGUGGUGUCGGUUCUGCGACAAGCGAACGUAAUGUAUCCCAACGUGAAGGUGAUCUCCAAUUUCCUGCAGUACAGUUCCGAUGGCACGCUGAACGGGCUGCAGGACAAGAUGAUCCACACAUUCAACAAGAACGAAACGGCCCUCAAAGGCACGGAGUACUACGAUCUGGUGCACGAUCGUGACCACGUGAUCGUGAUGGGCGAUUCGUUGGGAGAUGCCGGCAUGGCCGAUGGCAUUCCCUCUUCGUCGUACGUACUGAAGAUUGGAUUUCUGUUCGAUCACCCCGAGCAGAAUCUGCCGCGUUACAUGGAGACCUUCGACAUCGUGCUAAUCGACGACCAGACUAUGGAUGUGCCGCGGGCGAUUUUAGAAAUGAUAAAGAACAAAUCUCACCAGUGAACGCGACGUGCUUAGAUCUUGUGUAAGGAAUUUCAAAUUCACAAUGACAUUUAACUGUCGACUUAAUUGUUUUAUUUUCCAUCCAUUUGUGAUCGAUGACGAUCAUUUGAUGUUCGUUUUAGAAGAGCCUACCAUGUACGAGUCUUUUUUUAUAUUGUAAAUUAUGAGCUGAAAUCAGCACAAAGCAGCAAGAAGCUAAGCGAAUAGAAUUUUCUGCUGUUCCGUAAAUAGUACUUAUUUGAGUUAAAUUUGGAACGACUCAAAAUUCUAUUUUUUGCAUGUGUGUACCAACGUAUGAUUAUAGUUAAAUCGACUUAUGAACGCGAACUGUCGUAAAUUGCUGUUAUUAGGGGCUUUGUGAUCUGCACAAAAUAUAAAACCUUGUUCGUGAA